AUGCCGGAGGAUCUCAGUAUCGAACAGUGGGUUCCGCGUGAGAAUACGGUCGUUGGGAUAGGCUUCCGGCCUCCACACAAGAUCAGCCUUGGAGAUAUCAAGUGCACUGGAAUAAUGACCCCUGACAUUUUCAACUUACCAUAUCAGAAUGGCUGUCUUUUCUUAAUUCCAGGGGCCGAAGUGCGGUUUUAUUCGUCGUUUGCUGUUAAUGUCGGACAGCGACCUCGCUUUCUCCCCGCCAAGCUAACAAUCUCGGUUCCUCAAUCUGGCGCACAGCGACAGGUGGACUCAAUGAAUCGCCUAUGCGCACCCGGUUCGCACCUGGAAGUACUAUCUAAUGUCUCCCUCAAUAGAGAAGCCGGUCCAAGACCCUUGAUCAAUCCAUUCUUCGGUCUGGGCAUCCCCUUCUCGACUGUGCAGACCGCGAUAAACGAUGUAUUGCAGUCAAAUGUGAAGUGGUCCGAAAGCCAGAUCGCGUGUAUAAAGUCGAUAGAGUCGCUCCCAAAUGAAAUCCUUAUGAUACAAGGCUACCCUGGAACAGGGAAGACCUUCACUCUUGUCGCCAUAGCCUCGAUUCUCAUCUCGCUGGGAAUGCAUGUCGUCUUUACCGCUCCCAGCCACUAUGCUGCUGACGCUAUCUGUAACCAAAUGGACAAGUGGGUGGAACGUACCGGGGUCAACCUCAAUCCUGUGAGGGUCUACCGUCCUCUCUCCGAAGCCAGAGCCUUUCGGGUCCAUGGAGUAACUGCUGGUGACGAGAACUCCAUGGAAGUAGACACCGAAGAACUUACAGUAGGAGAAGUCACUCCCGGUGUUACGAAAGACGACUUUAUCCCAACUUGCAUCCCACUUGAAAACCAGAUUCACAUGCCUGAAGUUCUCAGUGAGAUCAAGGAUGAAAGUAUGAAAAGACACUACGGCAUCCCGGCGAAAUCCUUGGAAUAUCACGUUUUUCGUUUGGCGUACACCGAGGGACGACAGUUAAUUGACAGGUUUCCGUCCGAAAAGCAGUUGGAGAGGUGGAAAGGAGAUCUUUAUGAUUCGAUUGAAGACGGCGAUCUCGUCCCUAAAGGCGAGGAAGCAGAUAUGCUACAAUUCCUCCGAUACUAUGCAGGCCUCAUCGAAAAACAGUGUUUCUGCCAGUUGGACAAGAUUACCAGACGCAAGGCCAUUCUAGCAUUCAAGAAGGCAUGUAAGCAGGUAAUUCGCGAGGCUUCGGUGAUAGUGUCGACAAACAACAACAUGGGAGACCCGAUGAUAGCCUCAAAUUUCGGAGACACGGCAGAUGGGAUCUUUGUUAUCAGAGACGAAGAUCCAAAGGAGCUAGAGCCUAACGGUUGGAUCCCCAUCACCAAGCUCAGAGCAGGACCAAGAAUCAAAGGUAUUAUCAGUUGUGGUGAUAAGGAGCAACUCCGCCCAACGGUUCUUUCCCUUCAGUCAUCACUUCGGUACAACGAGUUCGCCCAGCAAUUGGCCGUUCCCUUUUCAAAACGGUUGAUCGCGAUGCAUCAUCCAGUCCAAAGGUUGACUGAGCAGUUUCGGUUCCGCCCCUGUCUUUUAGAUUGGUUGAAUCACCGUACAUACGACGGCGAGGUGACGAGCCAUCCUUCUACGGCCAACAUCAUCGUCAAGCCGCAGUUUCUGGAAGCGAUGCAAAAGACACUAAAUCUGGGGCAUCCGGGUAACCUCGACCUUGGGCACAUCGUGGUCAGCAUUAAUGGAUCGACCUGCGAGAAGGAAGCCGCCACCAACUCUCGGUUCAAUGAUCAAAACCGUCUCUGGGUUUUGAAGCUCCUCUUAGAAAACUUCCGUUCCGCUGGAUACAACGGCGACGACAUUGCGAUCAUAACCCCGUACAUGGCUCAAGUCAUACGAUACAAGCAGUCUCUCAUUAUCCUCAUGCAGAAGGGGGUUUUGCUGCGUUCGAGCUUCCCCAAAGUUGCCACAACGGACUCCAUGCAGGGCAAAGAGGCCAAGGUGGUUAUCUACGACUGGGUUGUCACAUCAGCUAGUGAUAUGGGAUUUACCACUGAUGACCACCGUGGUAAUGUCGGAAUGAGCCGCAUGAGCGAGGUCAUGAUCAAUAUCCUUCAUAGUUCCAUUGGAUCUGACGCUAAGAACAACUCUCGAGCUCCGCGCCAAAAAUAUCUCGGAGGCCGGAUCAAUACCGAAGUUCCGUAUCCAUGUGCAUUUAUUCAAUGGCAAUCUAGUCAAGGUAAUAUUGUCACUGUUGAUUGUAAGUUUUUCAACCCCCUUUCAGCGUGA